AAGCGCCGGUUGAGCCCCGCGGGUCUGAGCGAACCUGCAGCAUUGCGGAGCGCCGGGAGCCGGCUUCCUCGCACCGUUCCGGCCGCACUGCACCCUGCCCAUCUGCGCUACUUAUUCCGCAUCCAUCCAUCCAUCCAGUUCCCUCCACCCGUCUCCGGCCGGCAGAGCACAGCCCCUUCUACAGGGAAACGUCCUCUUUCCUCCAUUCUUGGCCCCCGCCAGCACAAUGCCCAGGGAGUUAACGCGGAACCCGAUGCAGAAAAUCUGGAUCCCUUAUAAGGAUGAGCGGCCGGCGUUGCUGACCCGACCAUCUGUUCCCCACCUGACAAAUUCCCCCACUGUGAUUGUGAUGGUGGGAUUACCAGCUCGAGGGAAGACCUAUAUUGCUAAGAAACUGACUCGCUACCUCAACUGGAUUGGAGUCCCGACUAAAGUCUUUAAUGUUGGAGAAUACCGUCGAGAGGCUGUAAAAUGGUAUCGUUCUUAUGACUUCUUCCGGCAUGAUAAUGAAGAUGCAAUGAAGAUUAGAAAGCAGUGCGCCUUAGCGGCUUUAAGAGAUGCAAAAUCCUACCUGACUGAAGAGGGUGGUCAAAUUGCAGUUUUUGAUGCUACAAAUACCACAAGGGAGAGGAGAGAGAUGAUCCUAAACUUUGCCAAAGAAAAUGAAUGGAAGGUAUUUUUUGUGGAAUCUGUUUGUGAUGAUCCAAGUGUGGUGGCUGCAAAUAUUAUGGAUGUGAAAGUAUCCAGUCCAGAUUAUAUGGACUGUAACAGAACAGAUGCAAUGGAAGACUUCCUGAAGCGAAUUGAAUGCUAUAAAGCAACAUACCAGCCCUUGGACCCAGAUCAUUAUGACAAGGAUCUGUCGUUCAUCAAAGUGAUUAAUGUUGGCCGGAGGUUCCUUGUAAACAGGGUCCAAGACCACAUCCAGAGCAAAAUAGUUUAUUACCUGAUGAAUAUUCAUAUCCAGCCUCGGACAAUUUACUUGUGUCGCCAUGGGGAAAGCGAAUACAAUCUCCAAGGCAGGAUUGGCGGUGACUCUGGUCUCUCGUACAGGGGAAAGAAGUUUUCCUCCGCACUAAGCACCUUCCUGGAGGAGCAGAAUCUUAAGGAUCUGAAGGUGUGGACCAGCCAAUUAAAGCGAACCAUACAAACGGCAGAGGUUUUAGGUGGUCGAUAUGAGCAAUGGAAAGCUCUGAAUGAAAUAGAUGCUGGUGUAUGUGAGGACCUGACCUAUGAAGAAAUCAAGGAACAGCACCCUGAGGAAUAUGCAUUACGUGAACAAGACAAAUAUUAUUACCGCUACCCAACUGGUGAGUCCUACCAAGACUUGGUGCAGCGUUUGGAGCCAGUCAUCAUGGAACUGGAGAGACAGGGAAAUGUCUUGGUCAUUUGCCACCAGGCUGUGAUGCGCUGCCUCUUAGCUUAUUUUCUAGAUAAAAGUGCAGAUGAGCUGCCAUAUCUAAAGUGUCCUCUUCACACAGUAUUAAAAUUGACUCCAUUUGCUUAUGGCUGUAAGGUUGAGUCUAUCUUUUUAAAUGUGGAAGCAGUAAACACACACAGAGAUCGACCAGAGGACAUUGGUAAGAAGGGAUCUAACCCACUCAUGCGUCGCAAUAGUGUUACCCCUCUGGCAAGCCCAGAACCCAACAAAAAGCCGAGGAUUGAAGGCCUAGAUGACCAUGUGGCCUCCUCUUCCUCAGCCAUGCCCGUCUGCCUGGCCUCUGAAGUGUCCACAUCCCUGCCUGGACAAUCUUUACUAGGAAAGGCUUGCCUACAUACAGUCUUUCGUUAUCUCAACACUUUAUUCCUGUUAUUCCUUCGAAGAUAGUGAAUGAGAUGCCAAGAUCCUCAGAGGCUGUGUGACCAACUUCCUCGUAACAAGAAUAAAACCUUCCUUUCAAUUUUUUAAGAAUUAUGAAGCGGCAUACGCUUUGAUCCACCCCUUCACUGGCCCAAAACUUCCAUUAUUAAAAGGCAGUGGAUUCCUUUGCGUGAAUCUCUGGUUGUCGGUUUCUUCAAGUGAUUUGCUGGAGAGAUGAAAGGUUAUGGAUUGCAGGCUUCACCAGAAAGGACAUUGACUAUUCUCACUGAUGACUGUAAUAUGGAUGUCUUGCUACUGUAAUAAUGUGCAAGUGCUUUUAGUGAACAAAACUUGUUCUUCUGUUUGUAAAUACCUAGUAAAUCUCGUUGGAGGGAUAUAUUGAAGUGUGUGUGUGCACGCGUGAGUGAGAUGUAAAUAGUUGCCUAAUGAGGGUUGAAUCUGGAUUCCCUGUGCUUUGGUGUUCAUGAAUCCAUGCAGUCUUUUAAAUGUAUGAAUGUUUCUGGUCCUGAAAUUGACACUAUGAUAGCAAGAAUGAUUUUGUGACCAGUUGAAAUUCACAAUGCUGGAAUUCAUGUUCACAAAGUUGGCACACAGCUACCUAAAAUAAGUGGCCAAAUAUUGUGGCUGGGGUUGCCAUUUGACCAAAUUUGUUUUUAAUUUUUGUUUUUCUCUUGUCAGCAUUUCAUAGAAAUGACAUGAAAUACCAGAUGUUGUUUCUUGUUGAUUUGAUGGCUCCCAGGCUUGUAAUUACAUCCUAGAGUUACAAACAUAGUGUGACAGACCAGACCUGUCAAACUGCAAGUAAUUGUUUUCAGAGUACCUGUUUGCACAUUGCUGUGAAAAGCCAUUUUUUAUAAAACGUUAAUAACUUGAUGGCUUUCCAGUUCAGCUUACAUCGGUGAAGAUGCAUGCUCAGCACUUGAACAAGGAAGGUAUUCAUUCCUAAAAUGUUGAAGGGCAUCAUUGAAACUUCCAUGUUUGCGGUCAUGCUUCUUAAUCCCAUAAAACGGUAUGGACUCAGACACUUGCAUGAAUUGGUGAUGUCGUCUCUGGAAUCCAGUUUUGGAUGUGAGAAUCCUACCUUUUUUAUUUCUGAAUUACACUUAGGCCACAAUUUAGUGCAGGCCUUUGUAGUCUCUGCUAAUGGAACAAUGUCACCUUCAUGGUCAAGCUUUGUAAUGUAACCAUUCAGAACAAGAUUUAAUGACUUCAAAUGAAAUUUGUUACCAAAUGCAUUGAGCUACUGGAAUAUUUAACUGUUCUGUAUGAUGUCUACUGUUUAUUGAUUAGCUGUGCUACUGGUUUUGGAGCAACCAAGGAUUCUGAUUACCAAAGGAUCUAGUUUUGUUUGCUGUGCUCCAAGUCUUUCGGUUAACUCUGUUACAUUAGCUGAUGCGUGGGAUGAUAAAACCGCAGUGCCUCGUGCGUUUGUCUUGCACAGCAUAAAUCUUGCGUUUAGCUGUAUUGGUGAGGAAGCUUGAAGCUGUACUUGACAUGUAGUCUACCAGCAUGAUAUCGACAUUCUACCCCCUAUUUUGAGAGAAAUGCGUUGUUGCACAAGUUUUAUUUAUCUGAGUUUGUUUUUGGUUCAGAGGGAUUGGUUUUAGUGGGUGUUUUUAAAACCAGUUAGAAUAAGGGUUUCGUCUGCUGACUGCAGCUUUAGUGAGUAUUGGAUUCGAAAGCAUUCACCAAAGCAUUUCAUGUUCACAAUUCCAAUUGAAUGGCAUCAUUAUUUUCUGACCUUUUUUUAAAAAGUGGAUCAGUAAACCCUGUGUGGAUAGGCUUGGGGACAAACUGAGCAAGCUGUUUGGUUUUUAUUUUGUAGUUUAUUGUUGAAUGAAUGUUAGGUUUUUUGUAUUUUUAUAGUACUGACUUCUGUUCUGACAAAUUUAUUUAAGAUGAUAGUUCAGAGUUUGGAAAAGACCUUGUCCAUCUCAGUGUGGCAUGUUGCAUCUUCUGUGUGUGCAUGUAUGUAAGUAUACAUUACCUUCUUUCCUGAGGGGGAGAAAAUAGCUAGGUCAUGCCAGCAGAAGUAUACAGGGUACAUCUUUCUGAUUUAUGUAUAUUUUGCAUUUGCUGGACCAAUAAUA